GGGCAGGGACCGGGGGGAACGGGCAGGGACCGGCGGAGCUGCGGGCACCCGGAGGAGAUGCGUCGGGAGCCGGGCCCCGAGUGAGCAGAGCCGGGCGGCGGAGGGGAGCAGCGCCAUGUCCCUCGGCACGCCCAGCGGCGGUGACACCUCCCUGAGCAUCGUGCACAGCCUGAUGUGCCACCGGCAGGGCGGGGACAACGAGACCUUCGCCAAGAGGGCCAUCGAGAGUCUGCUGAAGAAGCUGAAGGAGAAGAAGGACGAACUCGACUCCCUCAUCGCCGCCGUCACCACCAACGGCGCCCACCCCAGCAAGUGUGUCACCAUCCAGCGCACCUUGGACGGGCGGCUCCAGGUGGCCGGCAGGAAGGGGUUCCCCCACGUCAUCUACGCCCGGCUGUGGCGCUGGCCCGACCUGCACAAGAACGAGCUGAAACCCGCCCACUUCUGCCGCUUCGCCUUCGACCUCAAGUACGACAGCGUCUGCGUCAACCCCUACCACUACGAGCGUGUGGUGGCCCCCACCAUCGGUCUGAGCAUCCAGAGCACAGUGCCCCCCCUUGUGAAGGAGGAGUUUGUCCAUGACUGUGUGCAGAUGGAGGUGCCACCCAGUCGGGAGCAGGGGGACAAAUUGCCCCCCACCCAGCCCUACACCCAACCACUGGGCCCCUCGCAGCUCCCCGAGUCCCCCCACGGCCCCGGUAGCCUCUACCCCACGCUGCCCAUCUCACCCCCAGUGGCCCCGGGUGGUUCCCUGCUGUCCCUGCCCCACAGCGAGGGGCUCCUGCAGGUCACCUGCCCCACACCACCCCCUGCCACCCCAGCACAGCUCCCCCCCCGGAAUGGCUACCCCAAGCCCCCCUACCACAGUUCACCCACGAGCUGGACAGGAGCCUACACCCCCAACCUGGGGGUCCCACAGCCCCCACCCCAACCACAGCCCCCACUCCACCACCCCAACCACUACUGGCCUUCACACCACAGCUCCGGGCCCUACCACCAACCAGUGUCCACCCACCCCGGGCCGGAGUUCUGGUGCUCCAUCGCCUACUUCGAGAUGGAUGUGCAGGUGGGGGAGAUCUUCAAGGUGCCAUCCAGCUGCCCCGUGGUGGUCGUGGAUGGUUACGUGGACCCCUCAGGGGGGGCCCGGUUCUGCCUGGGCCAACUCUCCAACGUCCACCGAACCGACGCCAGCGAGCGGGCCCGGCUGCACAUCGGGAAGGGCGUGAGGCUGGAAUGCCGGGGUGAGGGCGACGUUUGGAUGCGGUGCCUGAGCGAUCACGCCGUGUUCGUGCAGAGCUAUUACCUGGACCGGGAGGCGGGCAGAGCCCCCGGUGAUGCCGUCCAUAAAAUCUAUCCCGGAGCCUACAUCAAGGUGUUUGACCUCCGGCAGUGCCACCGGCAGAUGCAGCAGCAGGCGGCCACGGCUCAGGCUGCGGCUGCGGCUCAGGCAGCGGCUGUGGCUGGAAACAUCCCCGGGCCCGGCUCGGUGGGGGGAAUCGCCCCCGCGGUGGGGCUCUCUGCAGCCGCGGGGAUCGGGGUGGAUGAUCUGAGGCGUUUGUGUAUCCUGAGGUUGAGCUUCGUGAAGGGCUGGGGACCCGACUACCCCCGGCAGAGCAUCAAACACACUCCCUGCUGGAUCGAGGUGCAGCUGCACCGAGCCCUGCAGCUCCUCGAUGAGGUCCUGCACACCAUGCCCGCAGCAGAGCCGGGACCCCUCUGCUGAGAAAAAAAACCUUUAAUUUAAUUUUUGUAAGAAAAAAAAAA